GUGAGCGUCGUUCGAGGAAAAGAUGGUUUUGGAUUCACGAUCUGCUGCGACUGUCCGGUCAGAGUCCAGGCUGUAGACCCCGGAGGUCCAGCUCAUCAGUCCGGACUCCGUCAGGGAGACUCGGUUCUGCAGCUGAAUGGACUUCCUGUGGAGACCUGGAAGUGCGUUGACCUUGCCCACGCCAUCAGGAGCUCGUCUCAGAUCGUUCUGGUGAUCUGGAGAGGUUCACCUGAGCUCAGGUCAGGAUGUGACGCUUUGCUUCGCCCACCGACACUCAGCCAGACAACAGGCAGGAAGCUGCUGCCUCACCCCGCCCACAGCAAACAUGAACGCCGCCGGGGUCAAGGAUCGGCGGUCCGGUCCAGUUUAGGAGCUCUGGGGUCUCUGUGGAGGGACAGAAAGGAGGAGCGAGAGGAGGAGCAGGAGGAGGAGGAGGAGGAGGAGGAGGAGGUGACGGGAUUCUCACCACACGCCGCUACGCUUAAAGGAACCCGGUUGACAUCAUCACACGGAGACAAUUACAUCAUCCUGUCACCUGUCAGUCCAGGAGCACAGGUGAGUCUGAGGGGGUGUGGCCUGCAGGUGACUUAGAGACCCGCCUCCAGAUCC